AUGUCAACACGCCCCGAGCGGGGCAGCAGAGGCUGGUGGAAGACGUGGCGCCAGAAAGCACGGAGGGAGAGACAGACAGAGGGAUGCAGAGAGGGAGAGACAGGGGGACGGAGGGAGCGUUGGACGAAGGACGGCUGCCCCAGCACGGAGGCUGUCUGUCCCUGGUGCCGGCCAGGCCCCAGCUGCGUGUCACUAACCGGGCCUUGGCCUCUUUCGUCCCUAGCCCUGGCCGGGAGCCCGCUGACCCAGCAGGGCUGUGCCGAGGGUCCAACGUUCUGGUGCCGGAGCCUGGCGACGGCUGUGCGGUGCGGUGCGGUGCAGAUCUGUGCCCAGGCCGGGUGGAACCAGGCUGCUAAGGAGGACAUGUGCGCGGAUUGCGGGCAAAUCAUCACCAUCCUGACCCGCAUGGCCAAGGAUUCAGCCUUCAAGGAAGGCAUCCAGAAGUACCUGACCCACGAGUGCACCCUGCUGCCCCUGCACACCCUGGUGCCACACUGCCAGAAGGUGGUGGACACGUACUUCACCCUCUUCAUCGCCUGCCUGGAGGGGCAGAUUAAACCCACCUCCAUCUGCGGCAGCCUGGGCCUGUGCCCCACGGACCCGUCGCAGGACCAGAGCCAGGACAAGUGUGUUCUCCAGCUGCUGCAAGGUCUCCACCUGUAUCUUCCCGAUGGUCAGACCCAGGGAGGCCACAGCAAGGACCUGCCGUUCCCGCUCCCGCUGUGCUGGAUGUGCCGCUCCUUCGUCGGCCGGAUAGAAUCCACCAUCCCCAAGGGGGCCAUCGCCAAGUCCAUGUCACAGCUCUGCCAUCUCCUGCCGGGCACCAUCGGUGGCAUGUGCCAGUGCCUGAUGGAGAAAUACACCACCACCGUGCUGGACCUGAUCCUAGACAAGCUGGGCCCACGGCUGAUCUGCGGGAUGCUCCUCAUGUGCACCACGGGGGAGAACUGCGGCCCGGACCCACCCCUGGUGCCGCUCCUUGCCCAGAGCGCCGAGUGCCAGGCCUGCGUUGCUGUCCUGGGCCUGGCGAAGUCGGCCGUGCAGGGGAACAGCACUGUGGCAGACGUGGAGGUGGCUCUGCUCAGGGCCUGCAGUGGUGCCCACCUGGGCUGGCAGGAGUGCAAGAGCUUCAUGGAGCAGCACUGGCCCCAGCUGCUGACCUUGCUGCCAAAGGCCUGGGACCCCCAGAGCACGUGCCAGGAACUGGGCGCGUGUGAGGCUGGGACGGGCCCUGCUCCUGGACCCGAGGGCUGCAUGCUGGGACCAGCCUACUGGUGCUCCAGCCUGGAGACUGCCAAGCAGUGCCAGGCCGUGCAGCACUGCCAGGCCCACGGCUGGGCAUAGCUGGAGACACACCAGGCUGCUGAGCCAACACUCCCCUGCCUGCAGCCAGCCCAGCCCCUCCCUCUCCUCCACCCAGGCAGCCUCCACUUUCAAUCUCACCCCCUCGAGAGUGAUUUCCUCCCCUCUGCCCCCGCCCCCCCAGCCUUGGCUACCCACUCAGUGCUGCUGGCCUGUGCCUGUGCUCUGCCCCAGGGCAUGUGGCACCAGGGGUAAUGCCUGCGGCUCCAGCACUGCUGGGAUAGUCCUUGGGCAGGACCAUGGUGGCUUACAGAGAUUGCAUGUGGCCUCCUCGCUGGGGAGAUGCCUGCCUUUGGAACUGGUCAGCUGGGGCCAGUGCGAACUGCUGGGCCGAGAUUCCUGUGCCGAACCGCAGCUGUCGUCACACGUCCAAGGCCCCUGGCUAUGCUACAGCUAGAACUGCCAGGCCAGGCCAACCCCAACGGGCAGCUCCCGCAUGUGCCUAUAAAGAGGGUCCAAGGCAGCAUUUGGCACGUGCUGCAUCUCCCAGGCAGCCGUGGCCUGAAACCCAGCUGAGAUCCAGCUCCAUGCUGGGACCCCGUUUGCAAGGUGAACUGCACCGUAGACAGGAGGUGAGAGAGAACUGGCCAAGCUCCUGUUCCUCCUGGGCCAGCUGCUGAGUGCUCCUCAGAAAGGGGGAGCUUACACACCCACUGCCCACUUACAACUCCCACUGCCAGCAACGCCAACCCGACUGUGCCCUUCACAGGCCCCCCUGCGAGGGGCGUGGCUGCUGCAGGGAGGACCCCCCCACCCCCCGAGGGGCUAGCCAGAUCCCAUCCUGUGCUGGGAGCAUGACAGUAUUUCACACACCUGGAGGAAGCAAAUUCUAACUGCUUUGCUCCUGCACCCCUGGGCCAGCAAGGCGCCCGCAUGCGAUGCGGCCACCUCCUCCCCUCCCCUUCCCUUGCAAAGGGAGCAGCCUUCGAGGGAUGUAGCCUCUGCAAAAAUUUGGCUCCAAGAUUUUGAACAUCACAUCCAUGGGCUGAGGCGGGGGGGAGGUGGAGUUAAGACACAACACACACUAUUCCCUGCCCCAGUGACACUUAGAGUCUGCUGCCCUGCUGGCCGCAGGGCGUUGGGGCAGAGGGGAGCUGUGGGGCUGACGGUGCUGUCUAGUGUACAAGAGAAGGGUCUCACGGCAGCUGAGUCACAGUGAGAACCACACGCUGGCUUGGCUCCCACAUCAGAAGACGUGCUUCUCCCCCCCAAGUUGCGAGCUUCGCCGCAGCGAUAAAGCCACAGCAGCCUCUGCACACCGACGGCACAUCUGAA